AUGAAAAAUGCCGAAUUGAUACGGAGAAGUGUUGCGGCAAAGAGGAAUUUAGUCGAAAAAAUACAGCAUCUCUACUUCAAUAAUCGAAACUCGAGUGACUUUUAUGAGACAAAUUUGCGAAUAGCUUUGGAUCGAUAUGAUCGCGAAAUGGGUUUAAAGAAGGAUUUGUUCACUCAAAAGAAAUGGACGAUUUGGGGUGGUCUCUACUAUGCGGGAACAAUCUACACAACUAUUGGUUAUGGAGAUUUGACAGCGAAAACUCAAUGGGGUCGAAUCUUUACAAUGAUUUAUGCAGUGAUCGGUAUUCCAUUAGUGAUCACAAUUCUCAAUGAUUGGGGAACAUUGUUAUUCAAUGCUGUUCAAUGGUUCUGGACUCGUCACACCAAAAAGUACUACACAAAAAUCACCGAAUUUCUCGGAAACAAAUGCUGCAAGAGUGGCUAUAAAUCGGAUUUGGAUUUGCUAGAAGAAAACGAGGAAAUUUUCGAUAAACAAUUGAAAGAACAAAAUGAGAAAGAAGAAUCUGAUCCUGAAAAAGAACCCAUUCCAUUGUUUCUUGUGUUGAUCGUGCUUAUUUUCUGGGUUCUUCUCUGUUGUGGAGUGUUCUGUUUAUGGGAGAAAUGGACAUUCUUUGAGUCGAUUUAUUUCUUUUUCAUUUCAAUGACAACAAUUGGCUUUGGUGACAUCACUGCAUCGCAUAAAGUGGCUGUAUUCAAUUUCCUAUUCAUUCUCAUUGGAUUAUCAGUUGUUUCAAUGACAAUCAAUAUUAUUCAAAUGAAUUUGGAAUUGAUUUUUGCCGAAAUUGUCGCCUCAAUCGAUCUUGAUUUCAAGAAUUCUCUACAAGAUGGAGUCGGUGACGAGUUGAAGACGAACGCGGAAAGUCCCACAAACAAGGGAAUGCCAACAACAGAAGAAGGUGGUGUCCUCAAGGAGUACUCGAAGAAUUUCCCGGGAACACAAAAGUUGUUGAUGCGUUUUAUGAGCAAUCAUCAACGAAAAAUGCUUGAAGAGAAGUUUGAUGAAAGGGCAAAAAUGAGGAACAAAUACACGCAAACAUUCCGACAAAUAACGACAAAAUCUGUGCAAACUCAGGACAAAUAUUACGAUGAUUUUGCCGACUUUAAAGAAGAAGAUCAACCAAAAUUCAACUCGGCUAUCUCAACGAAAAGACUUUACAUUUACAAUACGGGUUUUGAUGAAAAUUCGACAAAAUUGCCUGAAACUUUGAAAAUAUCAAGGAUUUCCCAAAAUCAGACGCUACCCGAGAAAAGAUUUGCAAAGAAUAUUGUUAAAGAUGAUCCCGACGACGUUGAGAAUUUGAAUUGUGUCUAUGAAGUGUUUGGUACAAUUGACGGUGAGGUGGUCGACAUCGUGACACAAUAUGUUGAAUGUGAAGAAGGGAUUACCUUUUGUCAGAAAAUUACCGCUCACUAUGUUUCCGUAGCUGAAGUGACGAAAAUUACGAUGAGAGGAUGUGAUGAAAUGGUGAUUGAAGAUGAUGAACACGGGGAUUUGUAUCAUCCAUUGAAAUGCAAGAAAACGGGUUGCAGUGAGAUCAAAUCCGAAUACGAUCACGAGAUUUACCAUGUUUGUUGUUGUAAUGCCGAUUUCUGCAAUCACUCAUCACCGUUUGCGCGAAUUUCAUUAGCGAUGAUUCUAUUUUUGCUGAUUCGAGUGUGGGUG